AUUGUAUGCUCUCCGAACCUCUCUUUUGUUCUCUCUCAUGCGUGAUAGGAAUAUUCUGCACACUACCUGUUUGACAGUAUUGCUCUGAGAAAGCUGGGUUUUUGAAUUGCAUAAAGGUUUGAGUAAUUUUGAAUGGUUUUCACUGACUGGAAUUUCAUUUGCCCAAGCACUACCUGGGCUACGUAAUUUUUGUGCAGUUUCUUAAAUGGGCUGAUUUCGAUUUCGCUAAUGUUUGCCAUAACCAAUGCCAAACUCUGCAACCUUCGUUUUGAUGAAGCAUAACAUACUGUUUUUUCAUAUAUGUGUUCGCAAAUCUUCUAUGUAUUGGAUCUCCAUGUCAUAGAAUUUUCCAGCUUUUGUCAUUAAUAAAGACCAAGCUCUGCCGGUUUCUUCUUGUAACAAGCAUGUUGCCCCACUAGGAUAUUAAUUUUCUCCAACAAUGAAUAUCAUAAUGCAAGCAGCAAAGCUUCGCAAAUUUCUUUCGCAUUUUCGUUAUUGUAUCUUCCGAUUUCCUUCAAUUCAUGCAUACUCCUCACUGCAACCGCUAGAAGAAGCUGUCAAAGCUGCAGUCGAAGUCAAAUCCUACCAACAAAUUCCUGAACUUGUUUCCUCAAAAGAAGCUUGCCGAAAUGGAAAUCCAUUCUCGUUUCUCUCGACCUUUCCCCUGAACCUCAGAACAAAAAUCAUUGAUGAAAUUUUGCAGUCCUUUAUCCAUCUUAGACCCCGCUCUCGCCCCCAUAUUGCUUAUGCGUGCCUGGUUUCAUACACUCUCCAAAGCUCCAAGCCCCUCCCUCUUGCACUUGCAAUCAUCCAAAGAAUCCUGCACUCUGGGUGCGUUCCUGUCCCCCAAACUCGCCUCCUCCUGUCCUCUGCAUGGCUGGAGCGCCGGUGCCAAUCGGAGUCUGUCCCUAACAUCCUGGCGGAGAUGCAAUCAAUUGGAUAUCGUCCUGACUGUGGCACAUGUAAUUACCUUAUAUCGUCUCUCUGUGCUGUUGAUCAGUUGGCCGAGGCAGUUAAAGUCUUGAAGGGCAUGGGUGGGGCAGGAUGUGUUCCUGAUUUGGAGAGUUAUGGCAUUGUGAUCAAUGCAAUGUGCAGCAUCAGAAAAACUACUGAUGCAGCAGAGAUGCUGACGGAAAUGGUGGUGAAAAUGGGAUUAACACCAAGGCAGGAAACAGUGGUGAAGGUGGCAGUGGCAUUGCAGGCAAACAGAGAGAUAUGGAAAGCAGUUGAGAUGGUUGAAUUCUUGGAGAGAGAGGGUUGCACUGUUGGGUUUGAAAGCUAUGAGUUGGUCGUUGAGGGUUGCUUGGAGGGUGGUGAGUAUUAUUUGGCAGGAAAGGUGGUGAUGGGGAUGAUGGAGAGAGGGUUUAUACCAUAUAUAAAGGUCAGGCAAAAAGUGGUUGAGAGGCUCAUUGGUAUUGGCGAAUGGGAGCUUGCUUGUGCUGUGAGGCAAAGAUUUGCAGAACUAAGGUCUUAGCACAUUGUAGGUCUUCUAGGAGUGGGUUAAUUUUUAAGUAUAUUUGCAACAGUUAUGUGGAAUCUGAACUAUGGGUUGUAUUUUUUUUCUCGGCCACCUAGCUGCAUUACUGUCGAUGAAAAUUCUGUGCUGCUCAUCUCUACAUACAAUGCUCAAGAGGGUGUUGGAGUUGAAACCCAUUGUGCUGUGCAGUUACAGCAGAACAAGUUUGUGUUUUUUCAAAGACACACUAUAUGUAAAAUUAUGAAACUUUGGCAGGAGAAAACAUGCUCAUUAUGCGCGUUAUAAUGAACAUUAUUUAUAUUUUCAAAAAUCUAGACUGAGAUUGAGAAUCAAGAGUGUUAAUGGAAGGCUUCUGUU